AUGGUGCUACACGUCAUCUCACAACAAGUGAAGGUGGAGGGGGAAACGCCACCAUCAGGCCUGGCCAGGUCCAGGCCGUACCAAGGUGUUCGAGUCAGAGACCCGGUAAAAGAACUGCUGAGGAGGAAGAGAAGUCUGGAGCCGCAGAGCACCAAGACAGCGCCCCCUACUGCGGAUGUGGGCACACACAACAGCCAGACAUCAUACACACAAGGCAUGUUUGGCUCUGAUGUUGCCGGCGGCUCCCCAGCUGAGCCGUCGACCCCAGUCAGUGACGGAGGCCUGCAGGGUGCAGGAUGGAGAGCUGCACCACCUGCCAGCAGCACCGGCCUGCAGCCUGCUGGAACGCUCUGGUCUUCAUCCGACUACAACCAGCAGGACCCUUCAGCUCAGACUCUGGCCUAUCCACCGACCCCCACCCUCACUGCUGAUGUGUACAUGCAGACUCUCUGUCCCAGCUACACCAUGUUGACCUACACACACGCGCCAUUACUCACUAACUUUGGGACCAUUCCUAUGGCUCCUGGACAAGGCUCUCUCCCUCAGAUGGAGCUCCAAGACUCAGGGUUGACCUACCUCCCCUGGGCCCAGCCCAUCACCACCAUAUCUACCAUGCAGAACCCAGGGGUCCAGUUUGCCCCCGGCUCUGCAGCUCUGCCCGGCUCGCCUCUGGUCCACAUGCCCCUGUCCAUGUCUUUGACCACCAUGAUCCCUCAGCUGGAGGCUCAGAGUGUAGAUCAUCAUCACCCGCAGAUACUGGACCUCCAGGAGCGUUCAGAACAUCAACUGGACCCCGAGCCACAAGGCCAUGAAGACCCAGGAGUAGAGCCGGAGUCACCAAACCUCCUGGAUAAACUCCUGGAGGAUCAAAAGGGUGACGACGAAGAGGAGGACAAAGACUCGUACAGCAGCUCAAUCUUUAUUCCCAAUGUCUGAACAUGUGUUUUUCAGUCCAUAGAAAGCAGCUUUUUCAGUUUGUUACUCAGGGGCCUCCAUUAAAGGAUCAUUUGGGUUUAUUGCAAUUUAAGUUUAUUAAUGUGGUCAUAACUUUAACUUUUUUAAUAGCACUGUGCUGCAGAGAUUGAGGCUGGAUAAAAAACUUGAGAAAAGUAGACAUCUUACCCUAAAUCCCAGACACUCAGGGGCCCCGAAGGCCAAAGAUUGUCUGUGUGAUAAUGAAUUUGUAAUUAACAAUUUGUAUUAUGCACAAAGGGCUAACCUACUCUAAAUCAUGUCAAACUGACAGAGCUUUUUAAUAUAUUAAGACUGUUUUUAAUUGUAAGAUAUCAAUGCUUUUCAUAACCUGUAAUUAUUAGAUUUAUGAUCAUGUUAGCAGCUGCUUCCUUUUUGCAGCAAAACCUGUCAUUGAAAAUCAGGAAAAGGAAGGCCAUUGUCCCGUACAGUAGGAGUUAUGCUUGAGACAUUUUUCGGAGAAACAGUUUAUUGCUGUCCAUCUGCUCACAGCCGAGAGGCGUUUUUCUUAGUGAUAAAAUCUGUCAUUAACGCUGUCAGUUACCAGGAGCCUGGAGAAUUAUCAUGUGUCCUGCAGAGCUGGUUCCCCCCCAGGUGACGAUUUGUAUCAAAACAGAAGAAGAGCUGGGCUCGUAUUAAGUAGAGGAUGUACAAAGAUUGAAUAUGGUAGUCAGUUUCUGUCGUAUAGCAUCUGAUAUUUUACAGCAUAACAACAGGGAGUUUUUUUUAAAUGGAAGACAAGAUGAGAAUUAUAAUGUGUUUGGAAACAGAGUGCCAUGUGAGUCCUGCAAGAAAGUAUUAAAAAGAAUAUCAGUGAAAUUUGUAUUCUGUAAUAAAGAUCUAUGAAGUCUUAAUGUUGAUACUGCAUUAAGAACAAAAAAAAAUACAACAAAUGUUUAGUUAUAAGUUAUAUAUACCCAGUUA